UACGUGGUUCGAGAGGAUUAGCAUCAUGGUGAUCCUGCUCAACUGUGUGACACUGGGCAUGUACCAGCCCUGUGAGAACAUCGACUGCACCUCGGACCGCUGCCAGAUACUGCAGGCCUUUGAUGCAUUCAUCUACAUCUUCUUUGCAUUGGAGAUGGUGGUAAAGAUGGUGGCUCUAGGGAUCUUUGGCCGUCGUUGUUACCUGGGAGACACCUGGAACAGGCUGGACUUCUUUAUCGUCAUGGCUGGGAUGGUAGAGUACUCACUGGACCUGCAGAACAUCAACCUGUCGGCCAUUCGGACAGUGCGGGUCCUUCGGCCACUCAAAGCCAUCAACAGAGUGCCAAGUAUGCGUAUCCUGGUGAACCUGCUGCUAGACACUCUACCCAUGCUAGGCAAUGUGCUGCUGCUCUGCUUCUUCGUAUUCUUCAUCUUUGGCAUCAUCGGCGUGCAGCUGUGGGCGGGGCUACUGAGGAAUCGCUGCUACCUGGAGGAGAACUUCAACCUCUCUUCAGGUAUGACCCUGCCUGCUCCAUAUUACCAGCCUGAGGAGAAUGAUGAACGCCCCUUCAUUUGCUCCCUGGCAUCUGAUAAUGGCAUCAUGUCAUGUGCUGAUGUGCCGGCGAGGCGCGAAGGAGGACGCACAUGCUGCCUGGACAGGGAGGACGCGCUCCACAGACAGGCUCUGGGCUUGAGUCCUGAGCCACUGGCUAACGGUAGUGGUGCCGGUGAAGCAGUGGGUCUUUGCAUCAACUGGAACCAGUAUUACACUCGAUGCCACACAGGAAGUGGAAACCCCCACAAAGGUGCCAUCAACUUUGACAACAUUGUCUACGCCUGGAUCGUAAUCUUUCAGGUGAUCACUCUGGAGGGCUGGGUGGAGAUCAUGUAUUAUGUAAUGGAUGCCCAUUCCUUCUACAACUUCAUCUACUUCAUUUUACUCAUCAUUAUUGGUUCAUUCUUCAUGAUCAACCUGUGCCUGGUGGUUAUUGCCACCCAGUUCUCCGAGACCAAACAGCGGGAACACCAGCUGAUGCAGGAGCAAAGGGCGCAGUGCCUGUCCUCCUCCACCCUGGCCAGCAUGGCUGAGCCUGGAGAUUGCUAUGAGGAGCUAUUCCAGCUGGUUUGCCAUGUCCUUCGCAAGGCCAAGAGGAGGUCAGCAGCUCUCUACUAUACUCUGAGGGGCAAACCCCCACCACCUGGGGGAGGCAGGGGUUACAGGCGUGGUGGAGGGAAUGUGAACGGAGAGCGGCAUCAUUGCAGGCAUCCAAAAACAUCCCACUGUCCGCACCAGAGCAAGCAAGACCACAGCUCUCAGCCACUAGCCAACUCCAUCAGUCUGCCUGUCCCUCAGAACCCUGAGGACUGCCCUAUAUGUGCACUAUCACUGAAAGAGGGUGCGAGGGCUGUGGGAGACUCUGCCAACAGGGAGGAAGAUAAUGAGGAUGCGGUGAAAGAGACGGGCAAGGAGGAGAACCAUCUAGAGGAGAGGGGAGAUGGAGAGAAGAAGAGGAAGAGGACAUGCUUUGGACAUUGUAAAGACAUUUGGAAUGAUAUGAGGAGGAAACUUUGGGGCAUUGUAGAGAGCAAGUACUUCAGCAGGGGCAUUAUGAUCGCUAUUCUCAUCAAUACCAUCAGUAUGGGCAUUGAGCAUCAUAACCAGCCCGAAGAGCUGACCAAUGUCCUGGAGAUCUGCAACAUUGUGUUCACCAGCAUGUUCACCUUGGAGAUGGUCCUCAAGCUGACUGCUUUUGGCUUCUUUGAGUACCUGAGGAACCCCUACAACAUCUUUGAUGGAAUAAUUGUCAUCAUCAGUGUGUGUGAGAUCAUCGGCCAGGCAGACGGCGGCCUGUCAGUGCUGAGGACCUUCAGGCUGCUGAGGGUCAUUAAGCUGGUGAGGUUCAUGCCUGCGCUGAGGCGGCAGCUGGUGGUCCUGAUGAAGACUAUGGACAACGUGGCCACUUUCUGUAUGCUGCUUAUGCUCUUCAUCUUUAUCUUCAGUAUCCUGGGAAUGCACAUCUUUGGUUGUAAGUUCAGUCUGAAGACAGAGGCAGGAGACACAGUCCCUGACAGGAAGAACUUUGACUCCUUGCUCUGGGCCAUUGUGACGGUCUUUCAGAUUCUGACGCAGGAGGACUGGAACAUGGUGCUGUACAAUGGGAUGGCAUCCACCUCGCCCUUUGCUGCUCUCUACUUUGUAGCUCUUAUGACAUUUGGAAACUAUGUGCUCUUCAAUUUACUGGUGGCCAUCUUGGUUGAGGGUUUCCAGGCUGAGGGUGAUGCAAACCGCUCUUACUCGGACGAUGACAGGUCUUCCUGUAAUUUUGAGGAGAAUGAUAAGCAGAAGGACUCUCUGCAUCUCUCAGACCCAAAGAUCUGUGCAUUAACCCCUAAUGGGCACCUGGACUUGUCCCCACUGCCCCAUGGACUGUUUCCAGGAGAAAGGUUGACCUUUGCUCUUGGUUCCAGGAGGAGCAGUGUUAUUUCUCUUGGCAGGGCCAACUUGGAGCAGAGGGCUAUGUAUCCAGGUCGAAGUUACCACAACUGGGGUCGCCCUCUGCCUACCCAGCCUCAGGCCUUGUGGGCCCGUCGUUCCAGCUGGAACAGCCUGGGGGGAUGCCGCCCCUGCGCCUCCUCUUCUCCCUCCGCUAGUCCAGCCUUCACCCCCACCUCUGCAAGGCCCUUCUAUGGCUAUGGCCUGGGGGGCCUUGGCGGAGUAGUCGGAGGAAGCCUUCGUAUUCGGGGUCCCCGUGCCUCUUCAUCCCCACACCGCCACCACCAUCUUGUCCACCCGGAUGAGGAGGAGUCUCUCCUCUCUGCUCCCGCUGUUGCUCCACGCUCUCUUCACCUUCCCCACCCUAUGCUCCCAGGCCACUUUGUACCCAGAAGGGACCGCAGAGCUCUAUCACUAGAGCUGCCCCACCUACUGCAGGUCCCAGGACCCCCGCACCCUCCACUGCCACCACACCACCCGCUGCCCUCUAUUACCCUCCAUGCUCAUCACAGGAAGAAGAGCUUCUCUGGGGGGAUGGUAAUUAGUGGUGGAGAUGGUGGCGGUGGGCUUGACGGUCUGGGUGGCUUAGGAGGGGUACACCAAGACUGUAAUGGGAAAACUCCUCUGUCUCAGCAUCACCAUUCCCAUCAUAGACACCACACUGAGCACUCUGGAGGGGCAAACCCCCAGAGCCAACUGAUGGCCGACGUCUUCCCCCAGGUUAACACACGCAGCAAGGACCGGGAGGACCUGGACGAUGACAUUGAAUAUAGCUUGUGCUUCCGCAUCCAGAAGAUGUUAGAAGCGUACAAACCAGACUGGUGUGAGAGCAGAGAAGACUGGUCCGUCUUCCUAUUCUCCCCACAGAACAAGUUCAGACAGAUAUGCCAGUCCAUCAUAGCCCAUAAGCUGUUUGACUAUGUGGUGUUGGCCUUCAUCUUCUCCAACUGCAUUACAGUAGCUCUGGAGAGGCCCAAGAUACUACAGGGCAGCUUGGAAAGAGUCUUUCUCACCAUCUCCAACUACAUCUUUACUGCCAUCUUUGUGAGCGAGAUGACACUCAAGGUGGUUUCCAUGGGUUUGUAUGUGGGUGAGCAGGCUUAUCUGCGGAGCAGCUGGAACAUUCUGGAUGGCUUCUUGGUUUUUGUGUCUUUGAUUGACAUUGUCGUGUCCAUGGCGGGUGGGGCCAAGAUCCUUGGUGUGCUUCGAGUCCUCAGGCUGCUCAGAACAUUGCGUCCCCUCAGGGUGAUUAGCAGAGCUCCGGGUCUAAAGCUGGUAGUGGAGACACUCAUCACCUCCCUCAAACCCAUUGGCAACAUUGUUCUCAUCUGUUGUGCAUUCUUUAUCAUCUUUGGAAUUCUUGGGGUCCAGCUGUUUAAAGGCAAGUUCUUCUACUGCUUCGGCCCUGAUGUGAAAAACAUCACCAACAAGUCGGAUUGCCUGCAAGCCAGCUACAAAUGGGUCCACCAUAAGUACAACUUUGACAACCUGGGACAGGCUCUGAUGUCUCUGUUUGUGCUCGCCUCUAAGGACGGCUGGGUCAACAUUAUGUAUCAUGGCCUGGAUGCUGUGGCUGUGGACCAACAGCCGGUGACCAACAACAACCCGUGGAUGCUGCUGUAUUUCAUCUCCUUCCUCCUCAUCGUCAGCUUCUUCGUCCUCAACAUGUUUGUUGGUGUUGUGGUGGAGAACUUCCACAAGUGCCGCCAGCAUCAGGAAGUGGAGGAGGCCAAAAGGCGCGAGGAGAAGCGUCAGCGGCGCAUGGAAAAGAAGAGGAGAAAAGCCCAGAAGCUGCCCUACUUUGCCAGCUAUGGCAACAUACGCCUGAUGAUCCACACACUGUGCACAAACCACUACCUGGACCUCAUCAUCACCUUCAUCAUCUGCAUCAAUGUCAUCACCAUGUCCUUAGAGCACUUCAAUCAACCUCAUCAAAGACACAGGGAUACCAGACGGGUCCACCACCAUGAAACUUCCUGUUGUAGCAUGUGUUGGAGUAACAGCAAUCCAUACAAAGGAGCUGUGAUUGCACUGCUGAUUUGAUGCAUGCUGCUGUCAGAGUGGUGUUAGCUGUACGGUACAUGUAUCUCUCCAUUCAUGUGUAAUGAAUGGAGGUUCAAAUACUUGAUAGCGUCUUUUUUUUUCUGAGGGCGAGGACAAGUGAUUAUCCUUGAGAUUAGAUGCCCAUUUGACCUUUAAAAUGGAGCAAGCUUUCUCAAACUGACCGUGCAUUAGAUAAAUAUCACAGGUUUUGUCGGAUGUUUGUGUUGACAUUUGGCAGCCUUCCACUUGUUAGAAGCUACAGCUCUAUUUAUGAAAGGAGAAAACAGCCAAGCAAAAUAAUCUGCAGGUACAGGAAGCUGGAUUGUUAAUGUUCAAGUUAAUGUUAAGACGAUUAAAACAUGCUUGCCUUUAGAAUAUUUGAAUACUCUGCAAAUACACCUUAGCUUAAAAUUGUGUGUUAGUUAGGGGACAUAAUGUGUUAGUGUUUGUGGUUCUAAAAUUAUAAGUAUAUGCCCUGUUUUUGCUUCUGGCAUGCUUGAUUUUACUCCACAAACAACUGGAAGUAUUCCAGUUUUACGGUUUCCCCCUGCUGCUGAAACUCAACCCUAUCCCAUUACACACACACAAACACUUACACACACACACACACACACACACACACACAC